AGAUAGGGUCCUGUGUCAACUGCUGUGCUCACACUUGCUGGAGCUCGACAUUUGACUACCUAGAUCAUCAUUGGUGACAGUGGCCUCUCAUACGUGCUGGCCCCCGAUACUUUAAAAUUCCAUCCUCGGCUCUUGGAAUCCUGCAUCUCUACAGCUGGACCCCUGACUCGUCCUGGUCCUGCCAUUAGCAGACUCUGAGCCAUGGUCGUCAGCAAACAAGAGGCCAUCAGCUUCUCUGUGACUUCACUGGGUUGGGUGGGUGCCAUUGUGAGCUGCGUGCUGCCCGUUUGGAGGGUGACCUUUCCAGAUGAUGAGACAGACCCAGAUGCCACCAUUUGGGAGGGUCUGUGGCACAUAUGCCAGGUUCGGGAAAACAGGUGGAUACAGUGUACACUGUAUGACACCCGGAUACUGGUAGCACAGGACAUAAAAGUGUCUCGAGUCUUUAUGGUCAUCUGUACCAUUGGAACCUGGCUGGGAUUGCUGCUCUGUGUGCUUGGGGAUUGGCGCAUCAAUUGUUUCAUGAAUUUUACUAUUGAAGAGAACCUCUUGAAAGUAGCCGGUGGGAUGUUUCUUAGUGUUGGCCUUCUGAUGCUGGUACCCCUGUCCUGGGUAACACACAACAUCAUCCAUGGCUUCUUUAACCCAUUGCUUGGCUUCUCGAAGAAAGUACAGAUGGGCUCUUCACUCUCCCUGGCCUGGACCAGCUCCCUGCUGCUGUUGCUGGGAGGCAUCCUGCUCUGUGUCAACAUCCCAGUAUGCAGAGACUUUCCCCGUUGCAUUGAGACCCCUAGUGCUAGACCUUCAGGAGCCAACAACGAUACCUUAGAUGUUUGAUGGCCAGCACACUCACGUCUGGAGGGGAAAACUUCCUCAAGAGGCCUCUCUCCAGGUUCUAGAAUCAUUGAACUGGAGGGAGGAAAGACAGGUCUACGGAGCUGCCCACAAGCUGUGUAGUGGACUCUGGAUGCGGCUAGCUGUGUCAGCACCAUGCUGAGGUGGGCUUCUUGGUGCUGAAGCUGCCCGAGUCUCCUAUCUAAGGGACCCCAAUAAAGUCAUUGUUCCCCUAG